AUGGCAUCGAAGGAUGUAGCAGAACACUAUAAUAAUGUCCGCCAAGAAGGACUCGGUGUCCGAUCUCAGAGUAGAAUUUACUAUCAGCGUAAUUUGAAUAACUGGUUAAAAAGUGAACUGAUAAAUAAAGCUGUAAGCUUAUUGAGCUCAGAUAAAGUAAGAGUCUUAGACAUCGGAUGUGGAAAGGGUGGUGACCUCAGAAAGUGGCAGUUUAAGGCAUGCAGUAUGGUCUUGGCAGAUGUCGCUGAUGUUUCUAUCGAGCAGGCUCGCAGUCGGUAUGAGGAGAAUAAACUCAAAAGACAAACAGAUAUUCCUAUACAAUUUAUUGUUGCAGAUUGUUGCAAGGUUGAUCUCGCUCCCCUUAUUGAAGAUAAAACAUCUUUUGAUAUUGUCAGUUGCCAGUUUUCUCUUCAUUACUCCUUCAUUAACGAAGAGUCUGCCAGAUGCUUCCUGAAAAACUGUACUCAAAACUUAAAACCAGGAGGAUUGUUCAUAGGAACUCUCCCCGAUGCCGAAAGAAUAGUGUGGGCCGCCAGAGAGAAUGAUGGUGAGUAUAAAACAGCAGUAUGCAGUGUUACUUUUGAAAACAAGGAGGAAAUGAAAGGACAACCACCACUGUUCGGUUCCAUGUUUCAUUUCAGUCUCGACAGCCAAGUGAAUUGUCCGGAGUUUUUGGCUUAUUUUCCUCUUUUACAACAGUUGUUAUCUGAAAUGGACAUGGAGCUUGUGUUUAUGUACCGGUUCCCUGAGGCUAUUGAGCAGUGGCGCGAACAAGGCCGGGGAUUGAUGGGACGAAUGAGCGCUCUCGAGGCUUUUCCACCAAGCGAAGGAGUUAAACUCGCAGGAAAAGAAGAAGAGUAUGAAAGUGCCACCAAGUUUUUGGCCGAUUUGACUUCAGAAAAACGAUCAGUUGGAACGCUCUCGCAGAGUGAAUGGGAGACUGUUUGCAUGUAUUUGGCAUUUGCCUUCAGGAAGAAGGGUGGAGAACGAAUGGAGGACUCGCCUCUCAAGCGAAAAACAAAUGAAGAUACUCAUUUAGCACAUGCCGAAUCGGAUACUCCUUCUGAAAAAAAAACAAAACUCGAUGAAGAAACUGAGGCUGAUGAAUGA